UCCAACUUCCGCUUUUGUUCUGACCAGAGUCACUUUUGCUUUCUGUUCGUUAACUUUCCUCGGACUUCUUCUUUCACCGAUCCGAAAUCCAAUGUCGUGAAAUUAUGGAAACGACGCCGAAAAUGUCCAAACGAAGCUGCACAACCGACGUUGGCUCCAUCGCCUACGCCGAUCUGAGCCACCUGGGCGCCGGCAAGGAGGGCUGGUUGGCGAACGACCCCAACCUUCUCUGCGCCUUGGACACUCACUCCGUUGCUCUCUCCAACAAAUUUCUUAUUCUCAUUAUCAACUGGGCCAACCCGAAUGAUUCCGGACUCCGAACCAAGAUCCGACCUGAGCUUUCCCCGAUAGAGGCCGAGUACAUAACGGCCAUAGAGUGGUUGGUGUUCGACGAAAUUAGAGUGAUUGCUGUUGGAACUUCAAAAGGGUACCUGUUGAUCUUUGAUUUGAAUGGCGAUUUGGUUCACAAACAGUUGGUUUAUUCUGGGCGGAUUUUGAAGUUGAGGGCUCGUGGAACUAAGAGUGGUUUGACUCAUGAUUCGCCUUCUAGAGAGGAGGUUUGUAUUGUUAUGCCCGGCGUAAUUGCGCGGUUUGAUGGCUCUGAUAUUCAGAGAAUGCUGCAAAAGUGGUUUGAAGAAACAAAUUCUAACUUUUGGGAUCAGAAUCCGAGACAGCGAGAUUUGGAGGAUUUGGGGAAUUCAUCUGAGAGAUUGCCUUAUCAAUUGUGGAAUGUCAACAAGUAUGGGUCAUGCGCUGAUGCAGCUAUUACUGGGGUAAUGCCUCCACCGCUGAUGGAAUCACAGUCAAGUCAACGAUAUUACUGUGCAGUCACUGUUGGAGAUGAUGCUGUGAUUUCAGCAUUUAGACUUUCAGAAGAUAGAAGCAAGUCUUUAGUUGGAGCUAUUUUAUCAAAAGUUGUGCCUGUAACUUUUUCGACAAUUGCUUCUUUUUCCAAGAUCAUUUGGAGGAGUGACAAUUCGCCAACAAAGGCAGAACCAAAGCCACAGCCAUUUGCUCGAGCUUCCCCUUUGACAUGUUUGAAAGAUCAUCCUAGAAAGGGUGAAAGGCUCACACUAUCACCUAGUGGUACAUUAGCUGCCAUAACAGAUUCACUGGGUCGAAUAUUGCUUUUAGACACUCAGGCACUUGUAGUUGUGCGCUUGUGGAAGGGUUAUCGUGAUGCUAGUUGUGUAUUUAUGGAGAUGUUAGUAAAAAAAGAUACAUUAUCAUCAAGUUCUGCAUAUCAUGUUCCAGAGAAGAGUGAUUAUUGCCUUUGUUUAGCUAUUCAUGCACCCAGAAAAGAAUUAUUGAGUUAUACACUGUGCAAAUCAUUGCAGGUCUGGCAGAUGAGAACGGGGCCACGUCUCUUAACAAUUCAGUGUGCCAAAGGUAGCAAAAUUCUUCAACCCUCCUAUAGGUUUCAAUCGUCAAUGACCUCUUCUCCCUAUGCCCCUCUGGAAGUUUUCUUGUUAAAUGGAGAUUCUGGUCAAUUGUCGGUUCUGAAUCCAACCCUUAAUUAAGUUAUUAAAGAACUACAUUCUUUGUUGCCAAUUUCCUUUUAUAAAAUGAUAUAUAACUCUGAUUGCACUUCACUUUGUCAAAAUCUGAAUUGUUUUGUUUGAUGUAUAAAUAUUUAAGAAUGCUUUGUGGUAUUGAAUCUUUAAAUCUCUCUGUUGCUGUUA